AUGGUUUGCGUUCUGGAGCAAAUGAUACCGGGCUUGCCGAGGGACCCACGGGCCGUGCUGAAGAUGCCGUGGAACAUCACGCUUCAGGAUGUCACUGGCCUUCCUAUGCCAGCGAGCUUCUGGCAGCGUGAUGUGAAAGAGGCAAUAGCACGGCAGACAGCACGACCGUCAACCGUGUUGGAUUUGUUUGUGGAUUGGGCACCCUUCAAGCAGUUGGACAACCCAAAGAUGCUAUCUUGGGUUGUGCUUGGAAGGGUGCGGGAUAUGGAUACCGGGCCACCGGGCAAACCGUUCGGUCUGACGGUAUUUUGCGGCAGCCAAGCGCCAACUGCGCAGAUGUUGCUUGGUCCGCUCUGCCAGCAGUUGGAGCCCAUGACGCACGUCACACCCAGGGCAGUCCUUUCUGACGCCGAGGGACGUGCGCGUGCUAAAGAGACAAAACAUCAUACAGGUUUUCAUUCGUGCCACUACUGCACCAUCCCGGGGGUAAAAGUUAACGAUACUUUUAACUUCUACAGCGAACACUCUUACCCCGCGAGAACCCACGAUGAAUUUGUGGGUCACCAGUACGACGGCACACAUCGUACUGGUGUUCGCACGCAAAUGACGCCAUUAGCGCUUUUGCGAAUUGACAUCGUUAAGGACGUGAUUGUCGGUGACGACCGUCAUUUACUGAACGGUGUUGUUCAAAAUUUUUUCACCAUUUUUACCUCAAAUGCCCGAAUGAUCCGCAACAUUGUAGUUACCACCGCUGCGCCGGUGAAGGAUGUUAACAGCUGA